UACCUUCAAAAUCCCAGUGCCUUAAACCAUUCCACAAUAGACAAGCCGUGUGUUUCGGACUGCCAAAAUUCGAAUCAUCGCGUAAAAGAGCCUCCAAAUUUCCUUUCCCCACCAUUCCCACUUCCGUUACCAAUGCCGACAUACGACAGGGCCAAGGCCCGGCUGGAACACGAGGUGGUCCUGCUGCGCCGCGAGGUGGCCACCCUGCGCUGCAAGCAGAGCCUGAACCGCAAGACCCGCCGGAGCCAGGCGGUGGUGCAGGCGCGUCUGGAGCAGCAGAUCCAGGAGCUGCAGAACGAGCUGAACGCCGACCGGGUGGAGCGGGAGCGCGGCGGAGCAGAUAAGUGCUGCGAGUUAAGCGAACGGCUGGAGAAGAUGGACGAGCAUGUGGUGAAGCAGGAGCAGUACAUUGCCUUCCUGGAGGAGCAGAUCAACGAGACGCGAGCCAAGUACCAGAAGCGCAUGCUCGACGUACGCCAGAAUGCCGAGCUGGUCGAAAGGGAGCUGAAGAGGGUGCGCCGCGAGAUGAAGACCAUUGCCGAGCAGGCCGGCGAGCUGGACCGCCUGAAGAAGGAGGCGGGCUUCCUCGGCGACAAGCUGGAGCGCCGGAACACUAUUAUUGCCAAGUACGAGGCCCAGCAGGAGGAGAUGAUGGGCGUCAUGGCGGGUCUCCAGAAGCUGUUCGAUAAGAAGAAGAGCAGCAAGGCGGGCCAGCGCCGCAGGGUCCACUUCAGCGAAGAGGUUGAGUCUGAAGCCACCGCAUCGGAGCAGCCACCAGUCCCCAGGGAGAAGCGCAAGUCUUCCAAGCGGGGGCGGGACAGCUUCGACUGCCUAUGCUCGGCACUAAAGAAACAAUGUAGCAUCCAGGAGCCUCCAACUGGCGAUCAAUGAAAGUGAAGAAGGAUCUGAUGUCCUGACCCUAAACCAAGCUGAUUUCAUAUCCCAAAUUUCAGUUUGGCCAGCAAGGUGCUUCUCCUAGAGCACCUCAUCACAACACUUUUUUAGUAAUUGAAUACCUUUGUAACAGAAAUAAAAUAUCUUAUAUAAACAGUC